AUGAAGAUCCCAUCGGUACUCGUGCUGUCCUUGCUGGUUUGGGGCUUGGCCAGCUCAGAGAAAUCGGAAAAUGUCGGCGUCGAAGCGUCGUCAUCAGCGUCGGCAUCAGUGUCGGCAUCGGCGUCAAUAUCGGCGUCAAAGUCAGUGAGCAAGGAAGCAGGACUGGCGAUAAAGGGCGAGGCGACGCUUGGAAAGAAAUUGGGAACCGGAGCGUCGGAAGUAGCUGCGGCAUCCGGCGAGGCUAUCGCGACUACACUUGGCGCGGGACAAGCUGCGGCAGAGGCACAGUCUGCAGCCGCUGCACAAUCGAAGUCGGCGGCUGGUGCUGCCGCGAGUGCGAGCAAGAUCACCAACGUUGCUGCCGUAUCAAUCGCCGAGGCAGCUGCAGCGGAAGCGAGAGCGGCUGCCGCCGCGGCCUCCGCCGCGAAGCUGAGCUUGGAGGCUGCAGCAUCCGCCGAGGUAGCUGAGGCAGCCGUGGCCGCGGCCAGGGCCGCCGCUGGAAAGGCCGAAGUGCUGGCAAGGAACGCCGCUGCGGCGAACGCCCGCGCCGCCCUUCAGUCCGAGAAAUCGAACGAGCUGGCGCAAGCCGAGGCCGCGGCUGCUGCCGAGGCGCAGGCGGUGGCCGCUGGCGCCGCCACCGCAGCCCAACUCGCCCUGAAGAUCUCCGAGGUAGCGGCGAAAGCGGAAGCAGAGGCGGCAGCCGCCGCAGUCGCGGCCGCGAAUGCCAGAGCAGUUGCGGCGUCGGCCGCUGCCCGCGCAGCGUCGGUGAACGCCGUCGCUCAAGCGGAAGCAGAAGCCUCCGCACAGGCGGAGAACACAGCUGGCGUAGCGCAGGCACAAGCUUCGGCCGCGGCGGAAGCGCAGGCCGUCGCAGCGGCCGCUGCUGCGACUUCCGAGGCAACUGCCGAGGCCAACGCAUUAGCAGGAGAGAUCCCAUUACCUCCGAGACCACCUAAAUCUAGCUAG